CCCGCCCGCACGGCAGCGCCGCCGCCUCUGAGCCCCGCCCGGCCCGGGGGCCUGAGCCCCGCCGCGGACGCCGGUGAACAAUCAGAAUAAUGUUCUACAUAAACCUGUUGGAGAACCUGAAGGUUUACAUCAGCAGCCGCCCUCCGCUCGUGGUCUUUAUGAUCAGCGUGAGCGCCAUGGCCAUCGCCUUCCUCACUCUGGGCUACUUCUUCAAGAUCAAGGAGAUCAAAUCCCCAGAAAUGACAGAGGACUGGAACACUUUCCUGCUGAGGUUUAAUGAUUUGGACUUCUGUAUAUCUGAGAAUGAAACCUUGAAGCACCUCCUGAACGACACCACAACCCCAGAGAGCACCGUGACCAGCGGGCAGGCCAGGUCCUCCACACAGUCCCCACAGACCCUCGAGGACUCUGGUCCCAUCAACAUCUCUGUCACCAUCACACUGACCCUGGACCCUCUGAGACCUUUUGGGGGAUACUCUCGCAAUGUCACACACCUCAGCUCCACCAUUUUUGGGCACCAGAUUGGACUUUCAGGCAGAGAAUCCCACGAGGAGAUAAACAUCACCUUCACCCUGCCAGCAGCCUGGAACUCUGACGAGUGUGUCCUGCAUGGCCACUGCGAGCAGGUUGUGUUCAGCACCUGCAUGACUGUGACAGCAGCCAGCAACGUGUUCCCAGUCACAGUUCAGCCACCACAUUGUGUUCCUGAGACCUACAGCAAUGCCACUCUGUGGUACAAGAUCUUCACCACGGCCAGGGACUCGAACACAAAAUAUGCCCAGGAUUACAACCCCUUCUGGUGUUACAAGGGAGCAAUUGGCAAAGUCUACCAUGCUUUAAACCCCAAACUAACUGUCAUAGUUCCAGAUGAUGAUCGCUCUCUAAUAAACCUGCACCUCAUGCACACCAGUUACUUCCUCUUUGUGAUGGUGAUCACAAUGUUCUGCUAUGCAGUCAUUAAAGGCAGACCAAGCAAACUGAGGCAAAGCAACACAGAAUUCUGCCCUGAAAAGGUUGCUUUGUCAGAAGCAUAAAAACCCUUCCUCCUCCUCCUCCUCCUGAGAACGACCGAAACCAUUGCCUGCUGAACCCAGCCUGGGUCUUAACACUCUGUGAAUCCAUUACCUUGCAAUGUUGGUUUAUUCCAACCAAAGACAUUUCAAAGUGCCUGUAAUUGAUUUGUACAUAUUUAUAAAAGCAGAAUAUCCAGAGUAAUUCUGAGCAGAUGUGCUUGUCCCCUGGCCCUGCCCUGGGACAGCCCAUGGUGGUGUAGAUAACUGCAGUGAAAAGGCUCCACAGAGGCAGAUUUUUGUCUAGCUGCACCUGGGCAGGUGAAGAUGCCUUUGCAAGUGUCUCAAACCAACCAAGAGAUGUUUGGUUUUUUGCCCAAUCUGUACAGUGUGUUUGAACCAAGUAUGCACCUUUGAUAUAAUCCUGCAUUUCCAAAGCCACCAAUCUACAACAUGAAUUCAAUGUGUGUUUGUGUGGCCUAAUACUUUAUUCCAUUUGCUCCUUGCUUGCAAGAAAAGAUAUCAACGUUUUAGAUUAUUUUUUUUUCUCUUUUGGAAGAAAAAAAAAAUACAUAUUCACAUUUUAAUAGUGCUGUAUUUAGGACAAACUUGUGCUUUUAUUCAUAGUAAAAAAAUUAAGAAGUGAAGUCCCAUUUUAAACUGUUACUUACUGAAAAGAACUGUUUGAUUUUUUUUUGUUGUUGUUUUGGUUUGGUUUUUUUGUUUGUUUUUUUUGGUAUUUCAUUUGGCUUGCUGAAUGCCAGAGAACCAGUCAGCACAGAGACUAUCUGGAAAACUUUUCCACUUGGCCUCCCAUCCCCAGCCCUCCAGCCAGGAUUGUGUGUCUCUGCUGCAGAGCAGCUGUCUGUAAGCUUUUUUAUUUUUUUUUCUUUCUUUUCUUUCUAGAAAGUGAAACUUAAUAAAAAGAUGUAUUGUGUUAGCAGCCUGCUGGGGCUCUGCACAGCCUUGGGCAAGUGCAAAGAGUGAAAGGAAAAGAGAUCCCAGGGUUUGUUCCAGAGCUUCACUGUGGGACUGUGCCUGCAGCUCUGAGGGGCAGCUGCCACUGGCACUGCUGAGCUCUGGCCCAUUCAAUUCAUUAAUUUGCCAUUUUCUGCAAAUUAAUGAAUGGGGGAAAUGGCCACAAAAAUGGGGAUCUUGUGAGGAAGGUCAAAGAAACCACCCAGUGAAACCCCUUCUGUUCUCUGUGUCCAUUCUUCAGUCAGAGAUUUGAUUCUGUGCAUUUCUCCCUUCUCCAUUCUGCCUUUUGCUGGUUUUUCUUCCUGGUUCCUUGAGCAGCCUCCUGAAUUUCAGGGCUCAGGCUCUUCCUUCAGCCACUUCCACCUCUGCUUUUAAAUCUCACUUGUUGCCUUAAUUGACUUUUUAUUUUCUCACAGCUUUCAUUCAUUCCUUCAUUCACUUCUUCAUUCCUUCCCACAGGCUUUUUUUCCCUCCUCCUUUUGCUCCAAACUCCUCAGAAGAAAAAAGCCAAGUGAGAAUCUCAUAGUCUCAGUGAUGCUGCCAGAAAAUUCCCAGUUUAUUCCCUCCAGACACCACUCCUGGUCUGUGUGUGUUGGGACUUCAGUAAGUUCACGAGUGUCAAGGGUGUUUGAGCAGUCACAGUUUUGUUUCCUCCCACAGUUUCAGUUUCCCUAAAUUGGGAUUACCUGACAUGUUUUCCUCCAGGGAAUGUUAAGGCAAAGCUUUAGAGAUGGCCUGGUUUGAAGUUUAAGGAUAAAAUGAAGCUCCCAGUUUUUUUCCUGAUGCUGCUGUGGGCUGCUGCUGCUUCCCUGGGGGUGAGACAGGCCAAGAGCUCCUCCUGAGCUGUUCCUAAAUCCCACAAAUUAAUCCUCACUCCAAGAGCUGCCUCUGAGGGUGGCUGGAUCUGGGCCCCAAAGGCAGGAAUAGGAGAUGGAUUGGGAGAGAGGAAUCCUGGAAAUACCCA